GACUCCUUUUCAGCCAGUCGCACCUCCUCCUCCUCCAAGUGGUACUGGUUAUGAAGGGGGUUCCAAUGAUCCGGGAUGGGUUCCUCCACGACCCACAGGUUAGCGCCUUCACCAGCUACACCAGGGACUUCAUCCCUGGAGAUCGUACAAUGUGGGAGCUGCCGAAGUUGGGACCUCCAACAGAAGCCAACCCGGCGUUGCGAUGUGCAGAUUGGCUACAUCGUAUCCAACCUUCAUUACACGACUUAGCACCGAGAGCUUUUGUGUGGUGGGGACUGGUCCUAGCUGAGGCAAAGGCUGCCUACAGCAAAUGGGCAGCAGCUGUUCCUCUUGAAAGGAUUGCGAUUCAGGGGCAGCCGUCCGCAGAGCUCAAGAGUGAAAAGUACUUGAGGCUCGAGUCAAGGGCAUUGGCCAUGCUCGGCAAGGCUGUACCCCAAGCCAUCUUCGAUCACGCGCUGAGCAUCCGAAACACCACGUGCACGGGGCUGAUUUUUCUGGUCCUUAAGGCGUUUCAGCCGGGGGGUCUUCAUGAACGCACUGAGCUGCUCAGAGGCCUGACGUCUCUAGGCGAGUGCCAAGGGGCCAAGCAAGGAGUCGAGUCUUUACACAUGUGGUUUCGGCAUUUGGAACGGGCAAGAGGUAUGAGCGUCGCUGUUCCAGAUUGCACACUGUCACUGAUGGCAGAGCUGGAAGUGCUUGCAGUGAGUGGGUCAGAUGGGGUCACCAACAAGAAGCAAAAGGUGGCCGCAAUUGCUCCUUCUGCAGCACCACCCGCAAAGGGAUCCGGCAAAGCGAACUCGGCGGCAUCAGGUAACGAACGAGCCUUGCCUACGCUGAAAGUAGAGCUGGCAUGCGGAUCAUGUGACCUGCACGUCAACUCAGCAGGUACGUUGCUCAGCGCUCAUCCCGUCACUCCAAUUGUGUCAGUGGCAGCGCUGUUGGAACUGGGAUACAAGAUAAACUGGACGAAGGAGAACUGCCAGGUCAGUCAUCCAAGGCGUGGCCAGCUGCAGGUCGAUGCAAGCUCAGGGUGUCCAGAGAUUGAGUUUGAAGUUGCACUCCAGCUUAUCUCUGAGUACGAAGAACAUGUGAAAGAUAAGGAAGUGCAUGAGGCUAGAGUAAGAUGUCUGUUGCUGGAUAUGAGCUCUGCAACUGAAGAGGAUCUCAUGGCCUCAGUGUGGGGAGGUGGUGUUGAAGCAGCUGCAGCAAUCAGGCGAGCAGAACGAGCAGAAGGGGUAGUGGUUCACUUUAGUGAGUUGGGGUCCCGCAAAGCCUUCCAGGAUGUGGCUGACCGAUGUGGGUGGGCACUCUUGCACGUGGACACCGCCGGAGCAGUGUGGCCUGAAGCCUCUUACAGCUACUUGAUGGGUCUAGCCCAGAAAGGUCACAUUCGUGCUGUCCUUGGAAGUCCUCCCUUUCGCUCUUUUUCGGGAUUCCAAUAUGUGAGCCAAGAAGGAGAUGAGUCUGAGAAAGGGAGCAAGGAUUGGGGCAUAAGAAAAAGGGGAAGCAGUCUAGGAUGUCUGGAGGGCUUGGAGCUUUCAGGCCGCGAGGUAGCAGCACGACAAUGUGACGAUCGGUUUGUGCUCAGAGCUCUGCUGCUGUAUGGUGUAGCGGCCAAAGUAAACUCAAGGAUUAGUGUUGCUGUGCCCGCCUUCGCUCUGGAGCAACCAGAGGAUCAACCGGAUGAGGGGGUUCCCUCGUUGUGGGCCACUCCCGAGUGGCUAAGCUUUGCAUCUGAGUUCGGAAUGGAUCAAGUGUCUUUUGAUCAAGGUCCCCUCCUUCAUGCAAACAGGUUAAAGGCAAUGGAUCCCAGCUUCAUUGAGCACUUAAAGCAAGGCCACGUUCCAUAUCGGAACGACUGCAAGUACUGCAUCCGGGGGAGUCCCUAUAAGCGAGGUACCGAUGAAGCAUCAAAGGCCGAGCGCUACAUGGUUGUUGGAGUGCUCACAGUGCCGGUACUGGAGUUGCGAGACCUGGGUGAUGCCGCUCCUAAGGAGAAUCCGGAUGAUGAAGAGCGUGGGGGAGCUUUGGAUGAUGAAGAGUAUUUCGCCGAUGGUGAAGAUGAUCCGGAUGAACCACUAGCAGCCAAGGAGGUAGCCGAGGCCAAGGCAUGUCAGGGUACUUGGGAUGAGCUGGUCAAACGAGAUCAGGAAGACUGGAUAAAUGAAGCCAAG